GGCGGUUGCCCGGGUGAUUGCCGUACAGUGAGUGCGGAGUCACCAUGGCCGGGUCCCUGGAGCAGGCGGUCGGGAUGUUGGAGCAACUGCGGAGCGAGUGGAGCCGCAAGAACCCCAAUCUCCGCAAAUGUGAGGAGCUGCUGGGCAAGCUGAAGGUGGCUCUGCUGGAACUGAACUUUCUGCCCACUUCAGGCACGAAGCUGACCAAGCGACAGCUCAUUCUAGCCCGGGAUGUUUUGGAAAUUGGAGCACAAUGGAGUAUCCUGAAGAAGGAUAUCCCUUCGUUUGAACGCUACAUGGCACAGCUCAAGUGUUAUUACUUUGACUACAAGGAUGAAUUGCCCGAGUCUGCCUACAAACACCAGCUUCUCGGACUGAAUCUGCUCUUUCUCCUGUCUCAGAAUCGUGUGGCUGAGUUCCACACUGAGCUGGAGCGACUGCCCGCCAGAGAUAUACAGACAAAUGUCUACAUCAAGCACCCAGUCUCACUCGAGCAGUACCUGAUGGAGGGGAGCUACAACAAAGUGUUCCUGGCAAAGGGAAACAUCCCUGCCGAGAGCUACACCUUCUUCAUUGACAUCUUGCUCGAUACCAUUAGGGAUGAAAUUGCUGGCUGCAUUGAGAAGGCUUAUGAAAAUAUAUUAUUCAGUGAAGCUUCAAGGACACUGUUUUUCACCACACCCAAGAAGAUGACUGAGUAUGCGAAAAAGCGUGGCUGGCUCCUAGGUCCUGAUAACUAUUAUUCCUUUACCAGUCAACAGCAGAAGCCAGAGGAGGCCACAAUCCCAUCCACAGAACUGGCCAAACAAGUCAUUGAAUAUGCCAGGCAUCUGGAGAUGAUUGUCUAAUAUAGGGAGCGAGAGAAAGGACUGUUAUUGGGCAGCUGGUUGGUGGGACUGUUUUUUUUUUUUAGCUGUUUGGGGCGGGAGGGAUGUCCGAUUUGCGAUGUAGGAGAGGGUGGUCGGAUCUGCACCAACCUGAUCCAGGAUAAUGCCGGGUACUAUGGAUUCUUUCUACUGAUCGACUGGCUGUGAAAAAGUUGGUGAAUUGCACACAACGUGGGAGGGGACUGGCCUCGAGCUGGGCUGCCGAGUCCUUGCACGCAGCCUCCAUUCUGCACACAACAUUUCAAUAUCUGCCAGUGAGACCUGAUGGUGUUGAACCUUUUUAACCUUUGGUUUCCAAUGUGCAAAAAAAAAAAAAAAAAAAUUCUCGAUUCCUCUGAGGUCUUUUUGGCCCCCUGAGACCUGAAUGCAUAAAUGUCAGUAUUUUAAUUUUAAACACUCGGUCACAUUCUGUUCUGGCCAGGCCCAGUAAGGUGGGUGACCUUCAGUGCUGGGUUUUAUCUGUGUAAUCUGAGGAGCCUCACCUAUGUUCGAAAUUAAACCCAAACUAUUAUCGCACAA